ACGGUCCUAGAAUUGAGGUUUAUCAAAGGAUUCACCACAAUACCCGGACAUGUCAGAAAUUUUCGCACUUUUUUUUUUUACCUCAUUCUUGCAAGAUCUGUGGAACUCAAUGUUGGCAAAAUCACGCGACAAGCAUCAUUCGUCGCUGAUGGAUCGGCCAUGUCCGAAGCCUCUCCUCCUCCUCCUUCUUCAUUAGGACAGAGACAAUGUUGCAGAGAGCUGCGAGCAAUGCAUACUCAUGGUGGUGGGCGAGCCACAUCCGUACUAAGCAAUCCAAAUGGCUCGAACACAAUCUCCAGGAUAUGGAGGAGAAGGUAGAUUACACUCUGAGGAUCAUAGAUCACGAUGGAGACACAUUCGCCAAAAGGGCAGAGAUGUAUUACCGGAAGAGGCCGGAGAUCGUUAAUUUCGUCGAGGAAUCGUUCCGAUCAUACCGUGCUUUAGCUGAACGGUACGAUCAUCUAUCCAGAGAGCUCCAAAGCGCAAACCGAACGAUCGCCACUGCUUUCCCCGAACACAUACAUUUCUCGUUGGAUGAUGAUGAUGAAGAAGACGAAGACAAACAGCCUAAGCAUCUUCAUCUCAUCCCCAAGAAUGGUGGAAGCAACAUACCCCAAGUCCCGGAGAUUCCCAAGAAAGAUUUUAGGGGGCAUCCUUUGUUGUUGUCGAGAAAGGGACCACAGUGUGGUCUGAAGAGAAUAAUGCCGUCUUCUGCCGCUGUUGCGACCUCGGGUUUGACGAGAGAAGAGGCUUUGGACGAGAUCGAUAAGGUUCAGAAAGGGAUCUUGGCAUUGCAGACCGAGAAGGAAUUUGUGAGGAGCUCUUAUGAGAAUUCUUACGACAGGUAUUGGCAGUUGGAAGAUGAGAUCACCGAAAUGCAGAAAAGGGUUUGCGUUUUGCAAGACGAAUUCGGUGUCGGUGCUGAGAUCGAUGAUAGCGAAGCGAGGGCCUUAAUGGCGACCACAGCUCUGAAUACAUGUAAGGAAACGAUAUCGAAACUGGAGGAGAAACAGAAGCAAUCUUUGGAAGAGGCGGAGAUUGAGAAAGAAAGAAUCGCUGCAGCAAAAGAGAGGUUUGAAGCGCUGAGGAGGAAAUUCAACAAACCAGAAGGGCUCGGGUUUGAAACAGAAGAAGUCGAGGAUGUCUUGUUAGGUCAAGAACUGGGAACUGAAUCUGUAAGAGAAAUGAAAAAGGUGGACCCGAGCGAGAAUCUUACCGUCGUGCAGCUCGUGGAAAAGAUCGACGAGCUCGUGGAAAGGGUGGUUUCAUUGGAAACCACUGCUUCAUCCAACACAGCAUUGGUGAAGACAUUAAGAUCUGAAACAGAUGAGUUGCAUGAACAUAUCCGAGGUCUUGAGGAAGACAAAGCAGCUCUCGUUUCGGAUUCAGCAGAAACGAAGAAAAGGAUAACAUCGCUCGAGGAAGAGCUGAGUAAUGUCAAGAGCCUCUUCCAGAGAGUGGAAGAACAGAACAAGACUCUCCAAAAACACUUCAAAGAAGCAAACAUCACAGUUGAAGACUUAUCUGACAAAGUACAAGGUGUGAAGAUGGACGAGGGCGUCGAAGGAACAGAACUUUCGGAUUCGAUCGCAAAAGAGACGGAGAAAUCGGAGGAAGGGAAAGAUGAUCAAAAGGCUGAAGCUGCGAGGGGGAGACCUCGAGAAUCGACGCAACAGCAUGAUAAACCAGAGACGAAAGAUUCGUGUGCUAUGUCAGAAACAGCCAGCACUUGUUUCGGGACAGAACAGGAAGAUCUGGUGACAGAAGAUGAAGAUCUCGAGACACCGAACUGGAGGCAGUUGCUACCAGACGGGAUGGAGGAUAGAGAGAAGGUUAUAUUGGACGAAUACACAUCGGUACUAAGAGAUUACAGAGAGGUGAAGAGAAAGCUAAGCGAUGUGGAAAAGAAGAACCGUGAUGGAUUCUUCGAACUAGCAUUGCAGAUAAGAGAAUUGAAGAAUGCUCUUGCUUACAAAGAUGUGGAGAUCCAAUCGCUGCACCAGAAAUUUGUCACACCCGACAAGGAUUCAUCUCCUCGUCCAGUAGAAGGAAACCAUUCGGAUCUCGAGGGACCGUGUGAGAGCAUGAACAUUUCCCCGAUCUCGAGUUUCUCGGCUUUCACGACGCCGCAUCAGCAAGGAGGGGACUUUAACAAAAAGACACCUGCAAGAACAAGGCAAGGCGAGAUCAGGGUGAAGUUCGCCGAUACCGACGACAGCCCAAGAACAAAAAUUCCAACCGUGGAAGAAAAGGUUCGUUCAGACAUCGAUACGAUAUUAGAGGAGAACCUCGAGUUCUGGCUAAGGUUCAGCACUUCUGUCCAUCAGCUACAGAAGUAUCAGACAACGGUUCAAGACCUGAAAUCGGAGCUAUCGAAACUGAAAAUCGAGAGCAGGAAACAACAGGAUUCUUCUACCAACCCGGGAAACAGUAGCCAUUCGCAUGCAUCGGAGACAAGGCCUAUAUACAGACACCUACGAGAGAUUCGAACAGAACUACAGUUAUGGCUCGAGAAUAGUGCUGUUCUAAGAGAUGAACUUCAGGGAAGAUAUGCAUCGUUGUGUAAUAUCCAAGAUGAAAUCUCUCGGGUCACGUCUUCGGGCAGCGGAAAAGCAAGCGAUGCCGAAAUCAGCGGCUAUCAGGCUGCAAAGUUUCACGGUGAGAUACUUAACAUGAAACAGGAGAACAGAAAGGUCUCGAGUGAAAUGCAAACGGGUCUUGACCGUGUGAAAACGCUGAAAAACGACGUAGAGAGAGUUCUGAGCACAAUGGAAGAGGACCUCGGGUUUUCAAGGGCCAACGAUACUCGGAUGCAGAACAAGAGCUCUUCAACAGGACGACCCAGGAUUCCGCUGAGGUCGUUCUUGUUCGGCGUCAAGUUGAAAAAGCACAAACAGCAGAAGCAGUCGGCCUCCGCCUCGCUCUUCUCUUGCGUCAGUCCAUCUCCAGCUCUGCACAAACAGAACAGUUAUGUUAAUCCUCAAAAUCUCCCAGAAUAAUCAACCAUGUUUUUUUUCCUCAUGCUCUGUUUUACUAUCUUCUUUGCUCCCUAGGCUUGUCCCUGUAUGAAGAUGCUUCACUUACCUAUGGCAUUGAACUCUUUCAGACAUAAUCCACUUGUUUGUUCCUGUUA